GACAGGUACUAUUUCACGGAAGCGCUCACAAGUGGGUCUAUUGCCUUCUCUACUCCUUUAAACCUUUUUACUUUUAAUAUCAGAGGGUUCUCUACUUUUUGUUAAUUUACCAUUACUUUAUCCAGAGAGUUGGUUGAGCUGACAUAAACAACUUCACCUCUUUAAAAGAAAUGACGUUCUUUCUAUCCCAUUUCCCAUCCAUUUCUUGUUCUACCUUAGCUCUGGUAGGUGUGUCUCAUGUGAUUGCAAAUAACUUAGAGUGUUAAUUUGUUAAAGUUCUAACCAUUGUUUUUCAUUUUAUAUUUAUAUCUAAGAAUUGAAGUAGGUUACUCAAAUGGACAAUUUUUUUUAAACAUCCCAUUUUUUAAAACAACCUUUUUCCUUUUUACGAGUUCUAACUUUUCUACCUUUUUGGUUUGGAGUGGCCUUCAGCCCUUAAGGGGGUGUCUACAUCUGGAUUUAGUAGAGAUAGUGGAUAGUGGAUAGUGGAGUUAGUGGAGUUUUUUUUACAAUAUUAAAAAAAUUAAGUCCUGUUCUGUACAGCAUCAAAAUGCUGAAUUCAAUUUUUUUUCUGUGCGUGGGAGUCUUAUUUGUGGCACUUGUUGAGAGUCGAAUGCUGGACAAAUGCAUGAAAUCAAAACCCAAAUACACAAUGAACGUUGUACUUUUGGAGGAUCAAACUUCAGACUGGAGCCUUAGGCUUGUAAAGGUUGCAGUGUUGCAAGCAAUUGAAGCGGACCGGCAACUGAACAUUGCAGCAGGUUUGAACACCAAAUUAACGGCUAAUUUCAAUGGGUUCAACACCACGCUGUACAAACGAAGAGGCUGUGGGAGCAGCACCUGUGAGGGAGUGGAGAUACUCAAGUCCCUGCAUACUAAAGGUGAGGUGGGAUGUGCCAUGCUGGGACCCUCCUGUACAUUUGCCACUUUCUUUAUGGUGGACGUGGAGAUAGGCCUGACCCUGACUAUCCCCAUCAUCUCCGCCGGGAGCUUCGGUCUGUCCUGUGACUACAAGGCCAACCUGUCCCGCCUGCUGCCCCCGGCACGCAAGAUCUCCAACUUCUUUGUCCACUUCUGGAACUUCACCAGACAUGGUCUGAAGAUGCACUGGAGGAGGGCUUAUGUCUACAAGAAGGCAGACCAAACUGAAGACUGUUUUUGGUACAUCAAUGCUCUGGAGGCACCUUCGGUCCAGUUUGCUAUGUCAAUCUCAAGAGAGAUGCUACGCAGCAAGAAAGAGCUAAAGAAAGCUAUUCAGUCUGAAAACAGACACAGCAACGUAUUCAUCCUCUGUGGAACCCCAGAUGACAUCACCACUAUAAAGAACGAAACAACGAUUCCCCCAGAAAUUGUCUUCAUCCUCAUCGAUAUCUAUAACCAUGGGUAUCACACUAACAUGACUACAGAGGAUAUCAUUGUGAUCGUCCUGAGUGUCAGUGUUGUGGUGGUGACUGCCAUCGCUCUGAUCUUCUACAGGCAGAACAUGAAGGAACGUCAAAACCAAAAGAGGUGGUCCCACAUCAGCCAAGACCUGAUUGGUCCGCUGGAUGGGAAAGAGUUAAGCCUGGUCUCACUGAAGAUCGAUGAAGACAACAGGAAGGACAGCUGUUACCAGAUUCACAGGGCUCGCUAUGACAAAAAGCCCGUGAUCCUGAAGGAGCUGCAACACACAGAUGGCAACUUCAGUGAGAUCCAGAGGAUUGAGCUCAACACUCUCCUGCGUAUUGACUACUACAACCUGACUAAGUUCUAUGGCACGGUGAAGUUUGAGUAUGGCCUGUUUGGAGUUUUUGAAUACUGUGAGAGGGGAUCCCUGAGGUAUGUCCUUAAUGACACAAUCUCCUAUCCUGAAAAGACCUUCAUGGACUUGGAAUUCAAGAUUUCAGUCAUGUAUGACAUAGCUAAGGGCAUGUCCUACCUCCACUCCAGCAACAUUGAGGUCCAUGGCCGACUGAAGUCCUCAAACUGUGUGGUGGACAACCGCAUGGUGGUCAAAAUCACAGACUUUGGCUGCAACACCAUCCUCAACCCCUGCAAAGACUUGUGGACGGCUCCAGAACACCUCCGGAAGCAGGGGAUCUCCCAGAAGGGGGACGUCUACAGCUUUGCCAUCAUCGCUCAGGAGAUCAUACUGAGGAAGAACCCCUUCUUCACCCAGGCCUGCUCCGACAUCGCAGAGAAGCUGUACAUGGUGCAGUACCCAAGUCAAACUGGCUUCUUCAGGCCAGAUCUGAACUUUGAGACAGCAGCAGAAAACGAGGCGGAGCUUUACAUGCUGAUAAAGAACUGCUGGGAAGAGGACCCGGAGAGGAGGCCAGACUUCAAGAAAAUAGAGGGAUCUCUGGGUAAGAUAUUCAGCAACCUGCACAACCAGGCUAAUGAGAGCUACAUGGACAACCUGAUCCGUCGGCUGCAGAUGUACUCCAAGAACCUGGAGCACCUGGUGGAGGAGAGAACCUCUCUGUACAAGGCUGAGAGAGACAGGGCUGACAGACUCAACUUCCUGCUCCUACCAGCCCCAGUGGUGCGUUCCCUGAAGGAGACGGGCAGUGUGGAGCCAGAGCUGUUUGAUGAGGUGACGGUCUACUUCAGUGACAUCGUGGGCUUCACCACCCUGUGCCAGUACAGCACGCCCAUGGAGGUGGUGGACAUGCUCAACGACAUCUACAAGAACUUUGACAGGAUCCUGGACCACCAUGAUGUAUACAAGGUGGAGACGAUCGGUGAUGCGUACAUGGUGGCGUCAGGGUUGCCGCGGCGCAAUGGCAACCGGCACGCAGUGGACAUCGCCCACAUGGCCCUGGACAUCCUAGCUUUCGUAGGGACCUUCCAGCUCCAACACCUACCGGGCAUACCCCUGUGGAUCCGCAUCGGGGUGCACUCAGGGCCGUGUGCGGCGGGUGUGGUGGGGAACAAGAUGCCACGUUACUGUCUGUUUGGAGACACAGUCAACACUGCCUCACGCAUGGAGUCCGCAGGCCUGCCACUAAGAAUCCAUGUCAGCCAGCCCACCAUAAACAUCCUCCAACGGACAGACUGCAAGUUUGAGUAUGAGCAGAGAGGAGAGACCUUUCUGAAGGGUAAAGGCAAUGAGAUGACAUACUGGUUAACAGGGGUGACGGGGACAGAAUACAACCUGCCAACGCCCCCGACAGCGGAGAACUUCCAGAGGCUACAGCAGGAUCUGUCUGAGAUGAUCGUGUCCAGCCUGGAGAACAGAGGGCCGGGGACCAACGGCAUGGAGAAGAGGAAGACCCUCUCCACCAGAGUCAGGAGGGGGGAGACCAAUGGGAGCCAGGAGGACGGCCUGCCAGAGUACCUACACCUGGCCAUCACAGACAUUCCCAGCACCUACCUGUAGCCACCCAGGACCAGACUGCCUCCUGUGGAGAUACAGCGCUACUACACGCUGUCAAACGAUGACAGUGGAGUCAAGUAGUCUUAUAUUCACCUCAUACAAUAGCUACAGUAAUGUCUUAUACAUAGGAAACCUGACUAUUUUACAAUUAAUUUCUGGGUAAAAGACAUGGUUUUCUGGUUUGAGAUAAAGGUUAUUUUGGGUCACAUGAGCAAAAUGUGAGGAGACGUUCCAUAAAUAGUCUGUAAUGGAGAUGCUUUAGGAAAACCUGAACCAGUAAACCAAGGAACAAGAUGGUACUCCUCUACUUUAAGAAGCCCCUGAAGAAAAGACAAAUAUGAGUAUUUCUGCAUUUUCUCAGCGAUCAACAAUGAACAAUUGUUCAAAACAAUAUCACUGAUUA